CCCAUUCUUGGAGUCUCUGAAGCCAGAGAGCUGGCAGAAAGGUUGGAGGGGAACACAGGGAAUGAACUGGGCUCACGCCCUCAAGUGCCAUCAAUGUAAAGACUUCUAUGACUGCAGUGGGCCAGCGAUCUGCCCCCCAUUCUCCACCCACUGUCUCACCACCUCGUCCAUAUCCAUGGGCCGGAACCUGAUCUCCAAAAUGUGCCACACGGACUGCCCCAACACUAAGGCCGCCGGCUUCGGGGACUUCGCCUCCGUUGACUGCUGUCAGGCUGACUUAUGCAACCACGGCGGGGUGGCCCACAAGGAGGUCAACUACGUGUCCCUCGUGCUGGGGCUCUCCUUCAGCCUCAUCUGUAUCCUCCUCCUCAGGACCGGGCUGUGACCUUCCCCUCUCCCCUCCUCCCUCCCCCUGUGGUGUAUCCUAGAAUCCCGAGGACAGAGCUCAAGUUGUCCAUGCCCCUGUCCCCACUCUGAACAGAUGGUUUCUCUCUCUCUUUUUCUCUCUUGCCUCCGACGGCCUCCAGGAAAGGAAGGUUUCCCUGGCCUCCCCCAGCAUCCCUUGGGUCCCACACUUCCACCCUCAGGAAAAGGUACUGAUGUUCCCACACCGGGCCCCACCCAGACUGGCCCUCAGAAUCACUGCCCAGGACUGAUCUGACCCUGUUUAAAGAAGAGUUUUCCUUCACCUCUGGCUACAGGGCAGCCUGUGCCCCUGCUCUGGCUCCAUCGCCUGUGGAGAAUCCUAAAAUCCCGAGAACAGAGCUUAACUUGUCCAUGCCCUUGUCCCCACACUGCACAGAUGGGCUCUCUCUCUCUUUCUUCUGCCUCUGAUAGUCUCCAGGAAAGGAAUUUUCCUAGGCCUCCCCUGAACUCUUCACUCCCACUCAGGAAAGGGGGCUGACACUCCCACACCAGGCCCAGCCCAGACCGGCCCUCAGAAUCACUAUCCAGGACUGAUCGGAGCCUGUUUGGGAAGAAGUUCUCCCUAAUCUCCGGCCACAGGGCAGUCCGUGCCCCCAGCUCAGCCACACAAGGCUGAGACGCAACCACCGCCACCACAACCCCAUUAUUACUAUUAUUAUUUUAUUCUUAAAAAUAAAAAUCGACUGGAAACGUGU